CGGGAGCCCUCGCGCCGCGGCCGUUCGCGGGCUCUCGCUGGGCGUAGCCUCCGGCGCAUCAUGGAGGCCGACUCGCCUCCGGCUGCCGACUCCGAGCAAGCCUGGCUUGAGGCCGCCCGGACCUUCGUCGAAGAGACCCUGUGUCCCGCCGGCGCGGAGCCCAAUGCCCAGUUGAGCCAGCUGGUGGUUGACUGUGUGAAGAGCCAGUGGUUGUCCCAGGGGAAGAACCAGGGCUUCCCCCUGCCCCUCAGCUACAGCUUUGUCUCAGUGCAGGACCUCAAGACCCACCAGAACCUCCCGUGCUGCAGCCACCUGUCAUGGAGCAGCAGCACCUACCAGGCUUGGGCGCAAGAGGCUGGACCAAGAGGGACUCCCCUGCCCCGGGAGCGGCUGUUGCUCUUAGGGACACUAACAGACCUAUCAGAGGACUCGGAGCAAGAGUGCCGGAAAGGAGACCUCUAUGUGAAAGACCACACCGGUGUCCUGGGCUGCGAGCUCAUAGAUCUGGACCUUUCGUGGUUGGGCCGUCUCUGUCUGUUUCCCAGUUGGAGCUACCUCCCCCCGCCCAGGUGGAAUUCUUCAGGGGAAGGACACUUGGAGCUCUGGAGUGCUCCGGUGCCGGUGCUCCCCGUGACCAGCAGCCCUGGCUCCCUCAGCCCUCUCUCUGUUCUCUACCCAGAGACCGCCUCCCGCCUGCUCAGGCACAGAGGCAAGCUCCGAGGUGUGCAGCCAAACCUGGCUGGGAAGCUGGUCCGCGUGAGCGCCCUGGUGAGGAGUCAGAAGAAAUCUCACUUUGUCCUGUCCCUGGGCGGGUCCUCGCCAGCUGGCAGCCUCGUGUCCGUUGUUGUGCAGACCCCUGCCCAGCUGGUGUGGCGCCGAGCCCUCCGGCCUGGUGGGUCCUAUGUGCUGACAGCCUUGCGAGUCGUGAGGAUCCGCGGCCACUGCUACCGCGUUUGGACGACCAGUCCCUCCUCCUGUCUGCUGCCGCUGAGACCCGAGUGUGUGCGGGAACUGGAGCUCGAGCUGGACGGACCCCUCUUGGAGGCUGACCCCCCGCCACUCCCUGCGCCCGGCAGCUCCCGGGACGGGGACAGGGAAGCACCUCUUUCCCGGACCUCCACGCUCCUGUCAUAUAGGGGGAAGGUCACUGACGUGCUGAGUCAGCCGGCCGGCCUGUACGAGGUGGACGGGCAGCUGGUGCUCUGCCUCGCCUACCAGCAGUUCCACAGCCUCAGGAAGGUGGUGCGGCCGGGAGUCUCCCUGGAGCUCCAGGACGUCCACCUGCUGCAGUCGGUGGGCGGGGGGAUGACAAGGCCGGUGCUGGCCCCCUGCCUCCACGGUGCAGUCCUGCUCCGGGGCUUCUCCUGCCAGAAGCCCGAGACUCCUUUGUUCCACCAGGCCCAGGGGGCCUCCCUGUAUGAGCAGCUAGUGUGGGAGCGCCAGCUAGGACUCCCCCUGUACCUGUGGGCCACCAAGGCGCUGGAGGAGCUGGCUUGCAAGCUGUGCCCCCACGUGCUGAGACACCACCAGCUCCUGCAGCACUCCUGUCCCGGGAAUCCCAGCCCGGGGCUGCAGCUUCUGGCCCCCGUCCUGGAUGUCCUGGCCCCGCUGGGCAGCAGCCGCCGCAAUGCCCACAAGGAGAUCCUCGAGGAUCCGCAUCACUGUCCCCUGCAGAAGUACGUGCGGCUGCAGACCCCCUGCUCUUUCCCCACUCUGGCCACCCUGAAAGACCAAGGCCGCUGCAGGGCCUGGGCCUCCUUUGACGCGAAGACCCUCCUGCCCCUCCCGGAGGCUUCUCACCUGACCAGCGGCGAGCUCAACCAGCGUCUGUCGUGGUCCUGGCUCUCCCUGCUGCCCUCCACCUUCCACCCGCCCCAGAUCUUAACUGGGCUUCUGGCAGCUUCCUCUCACAAAGGCUGCCUGCAGCUCCGGGACAGAAGCGGCUCCCUUCCCUGCCUCAUCCUGGCUACGCACUCCCAGCCCAUCAGGGACACCCGGCUCAUAGGCUGCUUGGUGCGGACAGAGAAGUUCCAGGUGAUCAUAGAGAGGAACAUCAGGACCACCUUCCCUUCCUAUAAGGAGCUGGGCAUGACGGGCUUCGUCCAGAAGCAGCAGGCCAGAGUCUAUAUCCAGUUCUUCCUGGCCGACGCCCUCAUCCUGCCGGUGCCGAGGCCCCUGCUUCUCUCAGCCGCCUCCCUCGUGCCUUCUCAGACAGAGCCCGCCGCCCCGGACGGCGUCCCCACGGAACAGAGCCGACUGUUCUUGCUGUCCCACAAGGAGGCACUGAUGAAGAGGAACUUCUGCAUCCCCCCAGGGGCUAGUCCAGAGGUGCCCAAGCCCGUCCUCAGCUUCUGCGUAUCGGGGCGCUGGCUUGGGGGCACCCAGAGGAAGGAGGGCACUGCGUGGGGCCCACCUGAGCCCAGCGGAGAUGAGAGCAAGGAUCAGAAGGUCCUCUUACUCUUCCGUGGCUCCUCCAUCCGCUGGUUCGAGUUCGUGCACCCGGGUCAAGUGUACCGACUGGUGGCUCCUGGCCCUCCCACACCGCUGCUGUUCGAGGAGGGUGGGCCAUCCUGCGUCGCGCAGCGCCCUCUGGAGCUGGCUGGCUGCGCGUCCUGCCUCACUGUCCCGGACGAGUGGACGCUGGAGCUGGAGAGCAGCCGGGACCUCCCCGCCGUGCCGGACGCCAGCCAGGCCCUGCCCGAGUCCUCGCUGGCCGAGCUGCUCAGUGGCGACCACACCAAUUCCCUGGUGUCCUUCUCAGCCGAGGUUUUGUCACGGACCCUGUGUGAGCCGUUCCCCGCCCCUUUCUGGACAAGGCCUGCCAGUGCCCGGACCUCCAGAGGGUGUGUGAGGCUGACUGUAGCUGUGCGGGCCGCUGACUGCCCGUUCCCCCCUCACCUGGACGUCUACAUCAAAGACCCACACCUGCCCCCGCCGCUGGGCCUCCUGCCGGGAGCCCGAGUCUACUUCGGGCAGCUGGAGAGAAAGAUUGCCAGAUCCCACAAUGUUUACUGUUGUUUCCGGCCGUCCACUUACCUGCAGGUCCUGAGCUUCCCCCCGGAGAGCGCCAUCAGUGUGCCGCUGCCCCGCAUCUUCCUCGCUGAACUGCUGCAGGGGCGCCGGGCCCCGUUCCAGGCCACCGCCUCUUGCCACAUCGUUUCUGUCUUCAGCCUUCAGCUCCUGUGGGUUUGUGCUCACUGCACCAGUCUGUGCCCCCAGGGGAAGUGCACUCGCCAGGGCGCCACCUGCCCCACACAGACGUGUGUAAGCCAGGCCAGCAUCAGGCUCCUGGUGGAGGACGGCACUGCCGAGGCUUUGGUCACCUGUCGGAAUCAUCACGUGGCGACGGCAUUAGGGCUCUGCCCUAGUGAGUGGACCUCGCUCCUGGAGUGUGUCCGAGGGCCAGGGAAGGUGGCCUUGCAAUUUACAGGUCCUGGAGCCCAGGUGGAGUCCUCAGCCAAGAUUGAUGAGCCCUUGGUCCUCUUCCUCCGGACGCUUUGUACCAGCUUUUCUGUCCUCCGCCCUGUUGUGCUUUCUUUUGAGCUUGAGAGGAAAUCCUCCGUCCUCACUGUGCCGGAACCUCCUCGGCUGCAGCGCUUCCAGUGCGGGGAGCUGACUCUCCUGACUCGUGUGAAUCCCCGGAUCCGGCUGUCCUGCCUUUCCAUCCAGGAGCCCAAGCACCCCAGCUCCCUGGGAGCCUUUUCUUUAUCCUGCUAAUGGGGACUGCAUGGUGGCUGGAAAGUCCUUCCGGCAGGGAGGCCCCGAAGCCCCUGCCCAUCUCCUCCCCCUUGUCCCCUUACCCGUUCUGUGAUCACACCAGGACCCCAGGUCCCCGAUUUCACAAACUGCUGUCCUUCCGCAGUUUCCUAUUUGGUGUCACCCUGCCUCGAAAUUGUUGAAAUGGGCAAAUCCUGGCACUGUUGACAUUUCCCCUCUGGUGGGGGUCAAGCCAUUGGCCCUGACGGGUGGCCCUGCGCACCUGGGCUCUGCCUUUGUGGGGGCGUUUGUGAUAGGCCCUUGGCCUGCAAUAAAGCUGGUGAUGUUUCUCA